AUGACCAACUGGAAAGAAUGGUGGGUGUUUGUGGAUUCAUCUGUAAAACUUACUGAGAAGGUAAAACUGCAAUGUAUAUAUCCAAAAAAAGAUGUGAUAAUCCAGACAUCCUGGAUGAAAAUUACUGUAACUCAUAAAAAUAAUGUAGCUGUCUUACAUCCAACCUAUGACAUUCAUAGAAAAGACAAAUACAAUGGAAGAAUUUAUUUUGAAAAUGCUGCCAGCGACAAGUCCUCAUCCUUCAUCAAGAGCACUUUGAAAGAUGAUGAUCUUUACACUUGCUUCAUUGUAACUACCCCAGAUGGAAUUUUGAAAAAGAGAAUAGGAAUUAUUCAGGCAGAUGCUUUUGAAGUGUCUGAGAAACAAAAUAAUACCGUGUUUACCAAAGCAAGAGGAAGUGUUAUUUUUUCUUGCCUUUAUAAAAUUGGAGAUUCGGUGCAGCAAGCAAUGUGGGAAAGGAUUAAAGCAGAUGGAGUAGAUAUUGUUAUUCUGUGCAACUCUUCAGGAAAGCAAAGCUUUGGUUCAGAUUUCAAAGAGCAUACACUGGUGGAUUGUUCUCAUCAGGCAAACUCCAGGAUUUUCUUUCGAAACAUUACAGCCUCCGACUUUGCAAUGUACUGCUGUGUAGCUGCUGGAAGAAACAAAACCUAUGUGAUGAGUUCUGCUGUGGCUGCAAGUUGGGAUCACAAAUGGUUUAUUACCUACAUAGUUGGAGGAAUUUCUCCUGCUGUUUUGCUGUUAGUUUUCCUAUUGAUCUUCUGCAUCAUCAUUGCUUUUUGCAAAAAAAAGAAGAGGAAGAGGAUCACAGAGGCCUUGUCAAAAAUUUUGUACUCUAUUCAGACCUGGGUAAGGUCAUUUGUUGAGAUGGAGUUACUCAUGUUUCGUACUGUAUAUUUAUUAAGACCUUUCUCUUCUGUAUUUGCUCUUUAUAUCCCCUGAAUCUUAUAGUAAUCUUAACAUAUAUAAACAGGAAAAACUGAAGAUUUUAAAGUAUGAUUACUGCUAUUCAUUAUUUUUGAUGAAUAUUUUUCAAUGUUUUACAGCUACAUUUAGAGAUUCUACUCUGUUCCAUGUUAUUAACAA